AUACAUUAGCAUUUCAACAAUCAACAUUGUAAUAUUCAACUUAGUAAUAUUCUUUCAAUGUUCUGUACUGUAUAAGUAACAUUUAAAUUAUUUAAUUACUUUUCUUUUGUCUUUCUUUGCUAGUUAAUGUAAUUUUGUGGAAUUAAACAUGUGUACAUAUAUAUAAAUAAGUAAAACGGUAUAAAUACAAAAAUGGUUUCCUUAUAUAUUUGCUUAUUCAAUACCAGCCGGUUAAGAUAAAAACCGGUUAAGAUAAUUAAGAAAUUAUACUGUGUACAAUUCUUAUUAUGUAACUGAAAAUAAAAUCCUUGAAUAAUAAUGCCAUAUUAUAAUAACAUCUAAAGCAAUUACCUAAGGAGAGUUUUAAGAAAACUUACUCCCGGAACUUAAACCUGAUAGCUGAUACGACGUAGCUACGAUAAUUAUGAUUAUAGUUCAAGUAAUUUAACAUUUGCAUAAAUCGUUAAAGAAACAACAAACAGCAAUCAAAUCUGAAUUCUAAUAUCUGUCUAUAUUCAAAGUACAACAAUAAUCAAAAUACAACUUGCAGCACAGAAAUUUUCUAUGUAAUUGUAGUCAAAUAACACUUUCAUCAAACUUUAUAUCUCAGCUACACGACCAAAUUUAACAACAAAUACUCUGAAAAAUUCUACGCUUUGGAAGUCGCCGCGCCUACAUAUACGCUACACUUAAUAUUUUCUUCACUAAGAAUUGCAUAAAAGGCAUGCAGUUGUUUAUGAUCAACGUGACAAUGCUCUACAACUUUGUAUUAACAAAAUUUUAACGUUAUCCUGAACGAACCGUAUUUUAAUCUUUCUUAUUUGUAACACAUUAAAACCAAGCGAUCUUUUUAUUCUUAGUACUUUUCGUUUAUCUUGUUUUCAUCUCAAUGGCAUACGUUUAGAACGAAGAUAUAUGUUAUCCUAAAAAUAAAAAGAUGUUGAGGAUUAUACAAUGGUAUUAAGAAUAUAGAUAUUUUGUUGUUAAAGAUUAUUCACGCGUUCAUCUAUCCUAAAUAUUUUUAACAAUUAACAAGUUCUUCUUUGUCUUAUACUUUCUUUGCUCUUUGGACAAAAUCGCUGCGGAUUUCAGCUACGCUCGUUCUGUAAUUAGCAAUAUUGCAGUAGACAUUUGUUCACAGGGCAUAAAAAAAGUCAACUUAAUUUUGUGAAUUUGAUGCAUCAAUAGUUCAACGAUGUAUCUACCAAACAAGGUACUUUGGUGUUACGUGCUUCUGUUUGUUGCUUCGUCCUCAGAGUCUCAAGAACGUUCUAUCAAUGGCAAUAAGCAAAGCGACAGUUCGAUGGUGCGGUAUGAUUUUUUCGCAAGCUCUAUAAAAUAUCAAAACAAAGAGAUCAAGUCAACACGGGGUAUUUCUCGUGAAAAUUUCAUCAAGAAUGAUGACAAAAUAAAAUAUGAGUCGUAUAUUAAUUCUACAAAGAACAAGAGAAAGGAUGAUGUUUUGAAACAAUAUGAGUCUCGCGGACGUAUCAUAAAAUAUUGCGAAAAAAGUAAUCAUAUUUCUAUGGGGUCUACCACGAAUUCUACAGACGUUAAUAAUUUCAUGAUACAAGAAAUUAAGAAUUUCUCUAGAAUCGAAAGAGAGAGCAAUUCCACAUUGCAUGAAAACGGAAAUUCCAAUAAAAACACUAAAAUUCCAAAAAUCUUUGACGUCAACAUUGUUUCGUAUGAAAUGUGUCACAACAUUACUUGUGUUCAACUCUGUUGUCCUGUUGAUAAUUUCAUGAAAAAAACGGGCAAAUGCGUUGCUAAUGAAAGUGGUACUUACUAUUUUCCAAAGAUGAACAAAUAUAAGGACGGUUCCGAUGUCCCAACAUUUUCCAUGACUUUCCACGAUCCAUGCCUUUCACAAGGAUUUGGAAAAAGUUUGCUUCCUUCCAAUGAAUACUAUUUUCUCACUGAUGGCUCUUUAUAUCAAGGCCCUGGCAAAUUCAUUUUACCGACGUCUUACUGUUUAGUCAGUUUUAAUCGAGAGAUUUAUGAAGUGUUAGUCUGCAAUAAUCAGAGAAUGUAUCCGAUAUAUGUAUCCGUUUGUCUCCUAAUAUCUUUGCCGUUCCUGCUGGCGACGUUCGUGGUAUAUUCCAUAUUACCAGAGCUCCAAAACAUGCAUGGCUAUACAUUGCGUGCACACAUAGUCUCAUUAUUUAUCGCAUACGUAAUUAUGUAUUGUGGUCAACAAGUUUCCGAAUUACAACAAGUUGAUGACGAAAUAUGUUGCAUUACAUUAGCUUAUAUUUUGAAUUUCUUUCUUUUAUCAACUUUUUUCUGGUUAAAUGUAACAUGCUUCGAUAUUUGGUGGAAAUUCAGAAAGCUUCGUUUUUAUCAAACAAAUAUAAGGCAAGAAAAAAAGAAGUUUGUAAUGUAUUCCAUAUAUGCGUGGGGAAUUCCGUUGAUCCUUAACAUUAUUUGUGCUAUUGCGGACAAUGUUAAUGGGAUAGAAAAAGAUUGGAAGCCACAAAUAUGUACGAAAAAAUUUUGGUUUGGUGAGAAUCUGGCAAAAACAAUAUACUUUUACGUACCCAUGAGUGCUACUAUUAUUAGUAAUAUUUGUUUCUUUAUCGCUACAACGCUAUCAAUUAUGUACCAGAAUAUACGUAUAGCUAAACAACUGAGACACUCGGAGAGCAAGUGCCACAAUGAAAAUAAGCAGAGGUUUAAAAUGUACUUGAAGCUGUUUAUAGUAAUGGGAAUAAGUUGGAUUAUGGAGAUACUAGCAUGGUUGAUCGAUUCUAUGCCGUCAUAUGUUUGGUAUCCCACUAAUAUGUUAAAUAGCUUGCAAGGUCUCAUCAUUUUUAUCAUAUUCGUAUGUACAAAAAAUAUAAAGCAACAGCUGCUAAAACAAUACGGCGGGCAGAAUUGCGGUCCAUUUGGUAAAAUUCCAAUGUACAAUGAUAGAACAUCGUCAAAUAUUACGAUGUUCGACAUCGACAUUGGAAACGGAAUCUAUGCAAGAAAUGAAUUCCACCAAUCAACAGCAAGUCUCAUAAUGUCUUAAUCUUACUCGUAGCACUGAAACGUAAAGGAAAAAUUUAAUUAUGAACGAAUUAGUUACAUUAUCUUGCACCUGGUUCUCUUUACAGAAACAACAAUGAUACAUAAUAUUUUAUUAGAAUGUUUUGUAAAAUGGAAUUUAUAUGUAAUUACUAAAAAUUGUCAACUAAAUAUUUUCUUAAUUAAAAAAAAAACAUUUUAUUUUAUCAACAAAAUAUAUUACGUGUUAGUUUCAAAUAAAUACUUGGUUUGAAAUAAGAAUCUGAACCAAAGUGGAAUCGGAAUGGAUGACCAUUCUAGAACUCUUUCUUUAAUUCAAUCAAAAUUGUAAACCGUAUCAAAAUUCUAUAUAGUUUAUAACAUCGGAAUUAUAAUGGGAUCAAUAAAGUUAUUAAUGAUUCUGAUGUUAUAAACUUAUAUAAUAGAAUUUUGGUACAAUUUAUGAUUUUUGUUUAACUCCAUAAUUUUUUC